GCGCACGCACAGCGCGGAGCGCGCACACCUACAUACACUGACACGCAGCAUCCAUCCAUACAUGCAGACAGACAGACGGACAGACAGACAGGCGGACAGACAGACAGAUAGAGCUGAUGUAGCUGCACUGCUGCGCCACAUGGACUGAACGCAGUGACUUACUCCAGUGCGUCUGUUUGGAUCUUGCGCUUGGAUCUUUGGAUCAAGACUCUGCGGAGUGAAAAUGUGGAGAUACACGAACGUGUUCGCCUGUCUGCUGCUGUUGUGUCAGGAUGCGGCUUCACAGAACAAGAUCUUUGGCGAGAGCGAGUCCGUCCGCAUGACAUCAGAGGGUUCAGACUGCCGCUGUAAGUGCAUCAUGCGGCCUCUAAGCAAGGACGCCUGCCAGCGGCUGAAAAGCGGCGCCGUCCGCGUGGAGGACUUCUACACGGUGGAGACAGUCAGCUCCGGAUCAGACUGUAAAUGCUCGUGCACGGCACCGCCGUCCUCCCUCAACCCCUGUGAGAAUGAGUGGAAGAUGGAGAAGCUGAAGAAACAGGCGCCGGAGUUGCUAAAGCUCCAGUCGAUGGUGGACCUCCUCGAGGGGACCCUUUACAGCAUGGAUCUACUGAAAGUGCACUCCUACAUCAAUAAAGUCAUGUCACAGAUGAACACGCUGGAAGACACCAUCAAGACUAACCUGACCCGGGAGAAUGAGUUUGUGCGAGACAGCAUGACGAGCCUCACCAACCAGUUCAAGAAGUACGAGAACUACUCCGACGUUAUGAUGAGCAUCAAGAAGGAGAUCUCCAGCCUCAGCCUGCAGCUGCUGCAGAAGGACUCUGCUGAGGCUAAAGCUCAGGGUACUGCUGGUGCAAAAACUGUAAAAGCACUCAACAAAAAGGCGUCUGCUGUCAAACCUCCUCUCAAAGCACCCAAAGAAAAGGUCGUUAAGGUUGUUACAAAAGAGGUUGUUAAACCUGGGAAAGCAGUCAAGCCCAACCCUACAGCCAAAGCCAAGGUGGCCGGCCUCCAGCCUGGUGUGGUCAGGGGCAUCACGUACUACAAGGCUGCCAAGGCCAGUGAUGGAGAGCAUGGAGAGGAGAACGCUGCCAAAACCUUCACAGUCCACCACGUCACAGAAAGCCAGUCUGAGGACGGAGGAGCUGAAAUGAUCCUGGAAGCUGUGGAGGCGUCUGUGGCUGAGCCCACUGACACCACGACAACAACAACAACAACCACCACCACAACAACAACACCCACAACCACCACCACUGCACCCACAACCACCACAACCACCACAACCACGGCGGCGUCUGAAAAUCCAGCUCCGACCAUCGUGCUGAUGCUCGACAACUCCAACAACAACAGUCGGCCCACCCUUCACAGAGCAGGGAAGAUCCUCAACUGUGAGGGGACUCUGGAAUCCAUCGAGCAGCCACAGAAACAGCACAGUUAUGGGCGUAAUGAGGGAGCCUGGAUGAAGGACCCUCUGGCCAAAGACAACAAGAUUUAUGUCACUAAUUAUUACUAUGGUAACAACCUGGUGGAGUUCCGUAACCUGGACAACUUCAAACAAGGGCGCUGGAGCAACCUUUUCAAAUUACCAUACAACUGGAUUGGAACAGGCCAUGUUGUCUAUAAUGGAGCCUUCUACUACAACAGAGCCUUCACCAAGAACAUCAUCAAGUAUGAUCUGAGGAUGCGAUACGUGGCAGCCUGGACGCUGCUGCACGACGUGGUCUAUGAGGACACCACCCCAUGGAAGUGGAGGGGUCACUCAGACAUUGAUUUUGCAGUGGAUGAAAGUGGCCUGUGGGUGAUCUACCCUUCUGUGGACUAUGACUACAACCAGCAGGAGCUGAUUGUCAUCAGUAAACUGGAUCCCGGUGACCUGUCCUUGAAAAAAGAGACGACCUGGAGGACAGGUCUCAAGAGGAACUCUUACGGGAACUGCUUCAUCAUCUGUGGCGUCUUGUAUGCCGUCAAUGUGUACAACCAGAAGGAGGGUGAGGUGAACUAUGCUUAUGACACCCACACCAACAGUGAUGCCGUGCCACGCCUGCCCUUCAUCAAUGAGUUUGCCUAUACCACCCAGAUUGACUACAACCCCAAGGAAAAGGUUUUGUAUGCGUGGGACAACGGCCAUCAGCUGACGUAUCAGGUUCACUUCCUUGACCAGUGACCACAGCUAGUUAGUAGGCCUGCCAGUAUGGCACCUAUGUACAGAAAGAACAUGCUCAGUAUUUGAAAACAAACAUGCAGGCAUAUUGGACUAAACAGGACAGAAUCACCAAUUAAUGCUUGAUGUGACCUCACUAAACAACAAACUUACAUGCCUCAAAAUGUUUGUACAUGAUGUCAAUAGAAUGAGAUGGAAACGGUGGAAAUAAUCCAAUGGGCUGAGUUAAAUUUCAUGAGGCAGGCGUCGGACUUUUAUAUAUCUUCAUUUAGAGACAAAGACAUACAUACCAUAGUUACUGUUGGUGAGCUGAAGGGCGGGAUUUAUCUCUAUAUGAUGUACAGUAGUAUAUGUAGGAAAAGAGUCAAUCGUAAUAGAAACUAAAGGCUAUUUAGACCAGGAUUUUGACUUAGCUGCAGCAUGUUCCUCUAGUCUGCAAACAGCAAAACACAGCUGUGAAUGAGGGAAGAGGAUGAGUCUGAGGAGAUGAGACAAGAAAGAAUAUGACAGACUGGGUUGGAGUAAGAGUUCUCUAAUUCCAGAAGAUUGCACUAAUGCAACAUCAUGGACGCAAGCUGCAGUUAUACCACAUAGAAGAAGAAGACGAAGAAGAGUUAAUAAGUGCAGAGCAUGGAGCCUGGGUCAUACUGUCCACGUUUAUACACUUUUUAAUCUGUCUAUUCCCAUGAGUAUGUGCCGAGCAUGCAUGAGAGGACGUGUGCUCGUACCCAAGCAUGUAAAACUCAGUGUUCAACAACUAUGACAAACUGCAGCAAAGAGAAGGGAAUGUGCAUGUGCAGAACACUGGACUGAAGCUGGACUGACGCUGGACUAACGCUGGACUGACGCUGAACUGACGCUGGAUUGACGCUGGACUGACGCUGGACUGACGCUUGACUGACGCUGGACUGACGCAGCCCAUUGUUUUAGGAUGAAUUACAUUUCAGUCCUAACCUGACCUAGCAUGAGAUAAUAUUGAAUAUAAUAUUUCUGUAUUUUCUUUGUAGGAACCAGACACAGGUAGAGUAAGCUGAAGCAUUUAUGAUGACGAGAAAGGAGGAAGAGCGUGUGUAAGGUUCAGUGUGAGACAGUAACUCCCAUUCUACACAGAAACACUUUCACUUAUUAUUAUCGCUUCAAUUCCGUCAUUAUACACCCACUUAUUAAACGUUUACGUCAUAUUUUACAUAAAGCAUCUACUUAAUCCUAUUUUACUCCAUGAUUCACAAAAAGAACUUGUUAGUUGAUGUGACCAUAUCUGACCCAAGUCUGACAAUUAUUUAUGACUUGUUGUCCAAAGACGGUCUUUGGGGUCCUGACGGGCUCAGAUCAGGUAUCCGUGCUCACACACACAUGGACAUGUGAAAGCGCUCUGUGCAGACACAGAAUGUGGAAAGUAUGACCCAUAAUGAAGAAGUACACGCAGGACUCGUCUUGAAACUAAGAAGAAUAUUUAAAAAUCUAUAUUUAGUUGUUGUAUUAGAUAAUGUAGCAAGGCUCAAUUUAACAACCAACAUAAGGUUCUAAAAAUCUAAAAAAGUCACCCUGUAAUAAUUGUCUUUGUGCUGACGAUACACUACAGUACAACUCUGUGGGGACUGCAGUCAUGAUCUCAAAUUGUAAAACAAAUGGUUCAGGGAGCACGAGAUUGACAAAUAAUCCCACUGCUGGAGACCAACAUGGCUGCCUGCAGGGGUUUAAUGGUGUGUUCCAUUUAUAGUGGGAAGUUCCUCGUCACAGGUUUUAACUGGAGCGCCCCCUCAGGUUGGGUUUCAAACUCUAGAAAGUCGGAAAUCUAAGAUGUUAAUAGAAAAAAACACUGCACCUAAUAGUUAACCUAAUAAAUUCCACAUUUUCACAGAUUGUUGAGUCCCGACCUGAACUCCACUGAGUAUCUUUGAGACGUGCUGGAAAAGACUUGAGACAGAGAUCCAACUCCAUCAGCAUCGAUACAAGAUUUUGGCGAAAAACGAGUGCAGUCGUGGAUUGAAAUAAACGUUGUGACGUUGCAUGAGCUCAGUGUUUCCUAACCCUGGUCCUCAGGGAACACUGACCUGCGUCCUGAUUCAGAUGAACAGCUCGUUGCCAGGCUUCUGCAGAGCUUGUUGACGAGCUGGAUGCAGGGCAGUGUUCCCUGAGGACCAGGGUUGGGAAACACUGCAUUAGCUUAUCAACAGAAAUGCCAUGGUGAAAACAUGUCCCAUCAAACUAAAGGCCUUUCUGACAUUUAACUCCCCCGAGAGAUUAUUUCUGCCUCUGAGAAAUGUUAGUAAAAGUGAAUUCUUGGUCCUUUGAGCACUUUGUUUAUUACUCAUGAUGCUUCUUGUCUCUUUACCUUUGAUUUUUUGUUGAUUGUAAUAUGAACAGCUAGAGUAAGCUUUUAUAUUUACAGGAAUUCAUUCAACAUUUAAUAUCAUGCAACUUUUUGGUGAAGUUUGCAUCUUAUUAACAUCCAUGUUGAUGCAUAAAUGAUUUAUAACCACUACAUUUGUUCUGAUUACUGUGUGUUUGAACAGUCUCAUCUCUGUGUAAAUUAUGAACUAAUAUAAAAUGUGCACCAUCCAUCUGCAAUAAACCAUGAACAAAUGACAGUGCAGACAGUGAGAAUGUUGGGGUUUUAGACAUUUAAGAUAACGAUAAGAACACUUCAUAGUGUUUUUAACAAGCUCUCACAACCACUCACUGCAUGAUUUUCCCUCUUCUUGAAUCCGUUCAUUUCAUUGCUGUUCAGUUGCAAAGUCUUUGUACUAAAAUGUCAUGAAAUGUAACAACACUUGAAAGCAGCUGUGUCUGUGGUAUGAAACAAUAAAGGUCAGUUGUGAGAUUUAUAAA